UCAGAUUCGGACCAUCAUGGCCAUACAAAGACCACGAGCGCGUCGUUAUGAAGAGACAAACAGUGCAAUUCGCUGUAGCUCUUCAUUCUACCGCUACAUAUUCUCGUCAGAUUCUUGUGUGCAAGCCAACAGAAGACUAGUAGCCUGCUUGACACCGUUGCACCGCAAUACAAUGGAGGUGAUCUCGACAAGGAUGCAAGCCACUUUGACGAUAGAGGGUGCGCGUAAACUUGCUGCUGCUGCCAUUGACUGUGCUCGCGAAAUCUUAUCGAAGGAGGAAGAUACAAGGCUUGACCUCAAUAUUGCAAUCUGUGAUGCUGGUGGCAAUUUGCUGCUCUUCGAACGCCAUGGUCAAGCGAAGAUUACAGGCAUUCAGCUGGUCAUGAACAAGGCCUUCACUGCAGCUGGACAUCAGGCAAAUACCUCAUUGUGGUCCAGUGUGGACGCGCAAGUACUGAAGAACCUUGAAGCUGCCAAUGGGAAUCGUUUCUGUUCCAUAGGAGGUGGUGUACCGAUCCGGGGUCUAGGUGGAGUUUUGCUGGGAGGCAUUGGCAUCGGUGGUGGGUCUGCUCAACAGGACGAAGCCAUUGCAAUAGCUGCAGUCUUUGAGCUACUUGAACGAGACUGAUGUAGGUAUGAUGUUGAGCUAUUAUUUGCAAUGUUGACAGAGAUGACUGCUUUCGUGCCGGAUUUAUACUACAUUCGGUUGAGAAGCAGAUU